CCCAGCACUCGUACUGAUAUAAGCAUCCCUUCAUCCCGUCUUCCUCUCAGGCACUCUUCAUGGUCAGCUACAGCUAUGAACAUGAAGCCUCUCACGGUGUGUUUGGCUUUUUGUGCUGCAGUCUUGGCAGUAUGCCAUGGUUGUUCAACAGGAAAGGAGUUCAUCACCACAUUUCUUCCUAAUUUCAAGCACAGAACUAUAAAAGAUCACAGCCUCCAUGUGGUUCUGACAGCUCAGGACUCGGCAGCCAAAAUUCACAUACAGGUGGCUUCAGUGGGUUUCUCUCAGCGGCUGACUCUCUCUGCAGGUGAAAGCCGUUGGGUUUCUCUGCCAUGUAGAUCUGAGCUGCAGAGGCAGUUUGUUACUGCAAAGUCAGCGGUUCGAAUCUCAUCCAGUGCUGCAAUCUCUGUGGUGUCCUUCAACCGACGCAAAGCAACAGGAGAUGGCACAGUGAUUUCCCCAGUAGAGGAGCUGGGUACUGAAUACUUUGUGUACACACCCUCAGGAGGCCCCUAUUGCAUGGACAAACUGGUGGCUAUUGUUAAUGGCAAUAGCCAGAAUAAGAUCACCAUCAUACCUCAUGCUAAUGUGAAGCUCAGGGGUUUUUCACGGUGGUAUCGUGGGAGGCCAGUGACAGUUAACUUGGCACCCUAUGAUACCUACCUGGUGCGAAGUCAUAACAGUCUGACAGGCAUGCAGAUUCGAUCCCAGAAGCCCAUAGCUGUGCUGGCAGGCCACCAGUGUCUGUCUUUGGUUCGUUUUUGUGACCAUGUGUAUGAACAGCUCCCCGCUGUGGCACAACUGGGCAAAGAAUACAUUAUACCCAGGACUGGCUACUGUAAGGCCAGAAACUGGGCAGCCAUAGUGGCUGUUGAAGGCAACACUGUGGUGACACUGCAAAAGGGCCUACACUCAGUAAAACAGAGACUAAGAAGACCUGGGGAUGUCAACAUGCAGAGGGUGUCCUUAAAACAGCCAAUGGUUGUCAAGAGCAACAGGAAAGUCAUGGUGCUGCUUCUGAGCAACAACAGUCCAUAUGACCCGUUCCUAAUAACAGUGACUCCUACCAGCAGGUCUGCCACUGACUGGGCUGUGGAUACAGUUGGUGGACUUCAAAAUUUUGUUUCUAUUCUGUCAGAGAGGGAGGGGGCAAGAAGUGUCAAAUUGUGUGUGAGUGGACGCUGCCAAUCACCAAAAUGGAGAAUCCUCCUGGCAGAUAGGAGCUGGGUGUGGUCUAAUGUCCCCAUGGGGACACAGCAGCGUCAUGUGAUGGUGGAAGGUGAUGCCGAAAUGCUUGUCUACGCCUACGGUGGACAACACCGCCAUUCAUAUGGCAUUGCUGGAGUUUGUUCUGAAGGUGGUUCCUCUCCCACACCACCCCCAGAUCCCUGUGAGGGGAUGAAAUGUCGAGUAAAGGAACAUUGCGUGAACGGAGAAUGCGUCCAUGUUUCUACAGCAACCUGCCAUGCAAUAGGUGACCCCCACUACAUGACAUUUGAUGGUCGACACUAUGACUUCCAGGGUUCCUGCACAUACAUCCUGACCACAGUUGCAAAGAUGGCAGCUGACCUUGUGCCUUUUACUGUGACAACUAAGAAUGACCACCGAGGCAACCGUCGAGUUUCAUAUGUGAGGACUGUGACUGUCACUGUUUACAAGCAGACAGUUAUCAUCGGCAGAAUCAAAAAUAGAGUACAGGUGAAUGGAGAGCUUCACUACUUGCCUGUCAGUCUGUUAGGUGGUAAGGUCUCUGUGGUGCAGAGUGGAGUCUAUGCCCAACUCACCACUGACUUUGGCCUGAGUGUGAAAUAUGACUGGAACAUGAGGCUGUACAUCACUGUGCCAUCCUCCUACUAUGAUCAUCUUGGAGGUCUCUGUGGAAACUACAACGGAGACCCAAGCGAUGACCUGCCUGUGAGAAAAGGCUCCACUUUCUCUGCUGUGCUGAAGAUGAUCCAGAAGUGGAAGACGGAUACAUCUGAUCUCUUCUGUCAUGAUAACUGUGCUGGUCGCUGUCCCACAUGUUCACUGAACCUGCAGAAACAUUACAGAAGUUUUAAACUCUGUGGCAUUCUGACAAAACCAAAUGGGCCAUUUUCAGCCUGCCACAAAAAGGUGGGCCCCUCCAUAUACCUGGACAACUGUGUCUAUGAUGUCUGUGUCAACAAAGGUGCCAGACAGAUUCUCUGUGAAAACCUAAAGAGUUACAAUGAUGCCUGUCAGUCAGAAGGAGUGAAAGUCGACCCUCGGUGGAGAAUGGUUACCAAAUGCUUCCCUUCCUGUCCAGCAGGCAGCCAUUAUGAGGCGUGUGGUUCCCCUUGCCCUGCCUCCUGCAUGUCCCUGCAAAGUGGGAAGCUGUGUAAAGGCUCCUGUGUGGAGGGAUGCCAGUGUAAUAAAGGACUGGUGCUUAGUGGAGACAGGUGUGUUCCUAAAUCUCACUGUGGGUGUCAGCAUAAGGGCAUAUAUUAUCCAGCAGCCAGUACUUUCUGGGGUGAUAACACCUGCACAACCAGGUGUGAAUGCUACUAUGGGAAAGCCAAGUGCAAACAGUUUAGCUGUAAGAAGAAUGAGCACUGUGCCUUAAAGGGAGGUGUGAGGAACUGCUACCCAGCAUCCUAUGCAACAUGCCAGGGCACAGGAGACCCCCAUUACCGAAGCUUUGACAAAAAGCACUUUGAUUUCCAGGGCACUUGUACCUAUAUUCUGUCCCAGUAUAAAAAGGUCUCUGGAAAUAACCUGGAACCGUUCCAAGUACUGGUCCAAAACGAGAACAGAGGAAGUAACAAGGCUGUGUCUUACACCAAGUCCAUCUCUCUUACUGUAUUUGGUACCACCAUCAGCAUGAGUCGUUGCAGAUCGGGGAAUAUACUGGUCAACAGUCGAUCAGUGAACCUGCCUUUCUCGAUGGAAGAUGGCAAGCUUUCCGUGUUCCGGAAGGGCUACUUUGGCAUUGUGACAACGAAUUUUGGUUUGACGCUCAGGUUCAACUGGAACAGCCACGUCAGCUUGACUUUGCCCAGUUCAUACUCUGCUGCUACUGGUGGCUUGUGUGGAAACUACAAUGGAAAUCCUGGUGAUGACUUACAGAAACCUGACGGCACUCAGGCUGCACACAUUAAUGCCUUUGGACACAGCUGGCAGGCAGGAGGCACAGCUGGCUGCACUAGUGACUGUCCUGGUGGUAAAUGUCCUGAAUGUGAGCCUGCGCUGCUGCUGCGAUACCAGGGGCAGAACUACUGUGGCCUCAUUGCUAACAAGCUUGGACCGUUUAGACAGUGUCAACGUAAACUGGACAUCACCUCCUUCCUCACAGACUGUGUCUUUGAUUUGUGCAUGUACCAAGGCCAUGCCUCCGCCCUCUGCAACAGCCUAGAGGCUUUCAGCACUUCUUGUCAAGACAUGGGAGCUAAAGUGGAGAGUUGGAGGACCGAACAGUUUUGUCCGCCAUCAUGUGGUGCAAACAGUCACUAUGAGGUGUGCGCCGCCCCCUGCCAGCUGACCUGCAGUGGUCUCGCUCCUCCCGAUGGCUGUGAUGACAGCGCGCCUUGCACAGAAGGCUGUGUGUGUGAUGAUGGAUUCAUGUUGAGUAAUGACAAGUGUGUACCUCUGGCAGAGUGUGGCUGUCUGUAUGAAGGACAGUAUUAUCAAAAUGGACAGGUGUUCUAUCCUGGAGACUCAUGUAAGGUUCGCUGUGUAUGUUCAGAAGCUGGAGUAGUACAAUGUGAUCAUAGCUACCGCUGUUCAGCCAAUGAGAAGUGUGUUGUGAAAGAUGGUUCCGCCACCUGUGCUCCCAGAAGCGUUGGUACCUGUUCUAUAAGUGGAGUCAGAAGUGUCAGGUCCUUUGAUGGACAGACAUAUCCUCUGUGGGGCGACUGUUUGUUCCUGUUGGCAGAAGUGGAGGAGAAGGAAGGAGGUAUGGAAGCCUUCUCUGUCUCUGUCCAGCAGCAGACCUCUAAGAGUGGUGUCGUCUCUCGCAGUGUGGAGCUCAAGGUCUACGACAUGGAAAUCACUCUGGAGACAGGGGUGGUUUGGCAAGUCAAGGUUGAUGACAUCAGAGUCCUCCUUCCUGCGUCACUCAAUGAUGGAAAAAUGCGAGUCAGUCAAAACGGCAUCCACAUCAUCAUUGAGACGGACUUUGAUCUGAAGCUGGCCUUUGACACUCUGGCAGGUGUGUUCUUACAAAUCCCAUCCACCUAUGGCAGCUCAACACGCGGUCUCUGUGGCAACUAUAACGGCGACCUGUCUGAUGAGCCGGCAUCAGCAGGGAAGGGGCCUGCAGACACAGCAGCACUUUGGGUAGAAAAGAAGGAUGACGCUCCAUGUGAGACGGGCUGUGGUCCCAGUCCCUGCCCUGGCCCAGAUGAAGAGAAGGUCCCAAAAGCCAAAAAGGCCUGUGACAUCAUUGAAGCCCCGCAGGGCCCAUUUGCAGAUUGCCACUCGACAGUGUCUCCAACUCCCGACUAUGAAGCUUGUAUCAGGGAGAUGUCCACAAGCAACGGGGACUCAGACCAUAUCCUGUGUCGUCACAUCCAGAAUUAUGUUACCGCCUGUCAACUAGCUGGCGUCAAGAUUAAACACUGGAGGAGCGAUACCUACUGUCCCCUGACGUGUCCAGCAAGAAGUCACUACGAGCUGUGCUCUUCCUGCUCUACCACCUGCUUCUCUCUGCAGAGGUCAGAGCCCUGUCCAGUGUGCCACGAGGGCUGCCAGUGCGACGACGGCUUCAUGUCUGAUGGAGUCCUUUGCGUUCCUAUAGAGAAAUGUGGCUGCUUGGUGGAAGGACAAUAUUAUAGAUCGGGUGUACCAGUGUACCUGCAGGACUGCUCACAGCUCUGUUUCUGCCAGAAUGGAAAGUUCACCUGUAAACCCACAAGUUGCCAGAAGGGAGAGGAGUGCCGCAACAGGGACGGGACAAUGGGCUGCUACCCCAAAGACCCUUGUGCGGAGAUUAAGUGCAGGGUAAAGGAACACUGUAAAGUGGCAGAAGACCAAGGAGUGUGUGAACCUGAUUCCAAGGCUUUAUGCUGGGCUUUUGGCGACCCACACUACACCACGUUUGACGGCUACAUCUACUCAUUCCAAGGAACCUGCACCUACCUUCUCGUCAACACCACAGGUCUUGAUCCGUCCUUGCCAGAAGUAACUGUGACCACCAAGAAUGAGCUCCGUGGGAACUCUGAAGGCUCCUUUGUGCGUUCAGCCACUGUGGACAUAAUGGGCCACCGUAUAUUUAUCCCAUCGGGUGACAGAGGAUUCGUACAGGUGGAUGGUAUUAGGACAGCACUUCCUGUCCUUCUUGAAGAAGGCAGCAUCAGCAUAAUACCAAGUGGAAUAAGAGCCAUACUUCAGACUGAUGUUGGUGUUGAAGUCACUUUUGAUUGGGCGACACUUGUCAUGGUGUCAGUCAGCAGCAGUUACUAUGGUAAUGUCGCUGGGCUCUGUGGCAACUACAACGGCAACAAGGAGGAUGAGCUAACAACCCCUGGAGGCAGCACAGCUGUGAAUGUGACAGAGUGGGCAGGGACAUGGAGCAUCGAAGACUACGAUCCAUUCUGUUACCAUUACUGUGAGGGCGAGUGUCCUCAGUGCUCAGAGGAGGACCGCAAAAGAUACACUGGUCCAAAGUACUGUGGGAUUCUGAGCGAUAAGAAUGGACCUUUCUCUGGUUGUCAUGAUAGCAUACCCGUAGCACAGGCUGUGUCUGACUGUUUGUAUGAUGUCUGCAUCAAUGGAGGACAGCAAGAAGUACUGUGUGAGGCCCUGAGCAACUAUGUGGCAGAGUGCCAGGAAGCUGGAGCAUCACUGCUGCCAUGGAGACAUCUGAGCAAAUGUUCUAUUCCAUGUCCAGCCCACAGCCACUACAAAAUGUGUGGCUCAGCCUGUCCACCCACCUGUAGUCCUCAGCCAGAGGCGUGCCCUAAGAUCUGUGUGGAAGGCUGUUUUUGUGAUCAAGGAUAUGUGCUCAGUGGACAAAAGUGUGUUAUCAGAGAAAAGGGCUGUGGCUGUAACUAUGAUGGUCGAUAUUACCAGCCCGGUGAGGUGUUCUGGGCCGACUCAUUGUGUGAGAAGAAGUGUGUGUGUGAUGCAGCGACACAAAAUGUGAAAUGUGAGCUUACCAAGUGUCGAACAGGAGAGCAAUGCAUUAUUGUAGAUGGAGUCCAAGACUGUUACCCCGUCAGCUUUAAGACUUGCAAUGCACAUGGAGACCCACACUUCAUCACCUUCGAUGGACACAGGUUCGACUUCCAGGGCAACUGUGUCUACAACCUGGCCAGUCUAUGUGGAGAUACUACAGGUCUGAAGCACUUUGAGAUAAACCUGGAAAAUAAUAACCGUGGAAAUAAAAAAGUGUCAUAUGCCAAAGCGGUGACAGUUAAAGUCUAUGGCAUCACAUACAAACUUUCAGUGGACCGCCCAGGCAAAGUGCUGGUAAAUGGACUGGAAAACUCUAUACCAUUCGUCCAUUCAUCCAGUGAUUCAGCGGUCCAGAUUUACCAUAAAUAUAGAAAGGCUGUCCUUGAGACACACUUUCUGAAGGUCUCCUUUGACUUUGCAAGUACAGUGUGGGUGGAGCUGGCAACUAGUUAUAAAGGUGCAACCUGCGGUCUGUGUGGAAACUUUAAUGAUGACCCCGCUGAUGACCUGAAGUUGCCCAAUGGGAAACUGGCUUCUAAUGCCAAUGAGUUUGGAGUGAGCCAGUGGCUGGCAGAUGUGGAGGGCUGCUCCCAUGAGUGUAAAGACUGUGCUCAGCCGCUCCCCACUGACUUCACACCACCCAGCUACACAUCAGUCUGUGAUAUCAUAACAGCAAAGGAUGGACCCCUCGCUGACUGUGUGGACCGAGUAGAUUCAAAGCACUACCGUGAAGACUGCAUCUAUGACAUGGUGCUUAAUGAGGGAAAGCAGGAAGCAGCCUGCAGCAUCAUCAGUAAUUAUGUGGAAGAGUGUCAGAGAGCAGGAGGCUGUGUCAGGUCAUGGAGGACUAGGCGUUUCUGCUGGAUGCAUUGUCCAGCCCACAGUAUAUACAGUCUCACAGCUCCUGGCUGUCCAACCAGCUGCACCUCUCCAUCUCCACCGGUUGAGUGUAAAGCCCCGCCCAGCGAAGGCUGCGUUUGUAUCCCUGGUUACCUGCUGAGUCAGGAUCGCUGUGUGCCAUUGGCUGAGUGUGGCUGCUUCUAUAACGGUCAGUACCUUGUGUCUGGUCAGGGGUCGUACGUUGACUCUGAAUGCCAGCUACUCUGUGCAUGUCAUGGAGGGCGUGUGAGCUGUAAGUCCAAACCCUGCCCAAAAGGCCAGAGCUGUGGAGUGCAGAGGGGAGUGAGAGGCUGCUACGCCAACCGCCAACAGCAUGUCAAAGGAUGAAAGAGAAUCAGACAAAUGCAGACCUUCAUCACCUCUUCAUUGAAUCUGUUUUUCGGGUAAAUUUACCUAACAAUAUUAUUUUUAUACUGUAAACUAUCCUUUAGCUUUAUUCAGGUACUAGAGGCCAUAGUGUGUUACUGCUGUUAAAAAAAACAACUAAAAGUCAAAGUCAAUAUAUUCUCAGUCGCCUGUUUUUGACGUGUAUGGUCAUGUUUGGGGCUGCAAUGUUUGAUGCUGUUGUUCUGCAUUAUACAUUGAUUGAUUUUACAUCAUGUGAGGAGGCUAAAGAACAGAAAAAAUCAAGGCGCUAUAUUGUAGGCAGCUGGACUUGUUUCUUGAAGACGAAAGCCUCUCAUCUGACUGGCCUCUUCAGUUCAGUUGAGAACUCAAGCAAGUCGAGUUGUUCAUGUUAUAGCACCUAGAAUCACCAUGACCUGGAUGACUGAGAAUCUUCAACAGCCGUAACAGAAAGAGCUCUCUCUGAUGAUAAAGUUUAACAGCAGCACAAACCGCAGCCUCCAGAAUGAUCCUGAGGUUCUAUUAACGAAUCUUUAGAACUGUUUGGUCCAACAAAUGAUCAAUGAUCAUUUUAUAAUGUGACUUCAUCGUAGAAUUACCUGAUGAUUGGAAAUCAAAUGAGGAUUUUUGUUAACUGUGGACGAUUACAGUCAUGUUUGUGAGCCGCUUCCUGUAUUCUCUUCUUCCUGAUAUACAUGUAUUUCAAAUCAUUAAAAAGUAUUUCAGCAGCA